AUAGACGUAAUUAGGUUGCAGCUUAACAAGGUCACUUACUGAAAAUGUAGUUAACCAACAUUACGUUGAAAAGUUGUUCAAACGCAUGUCUCCCCCGACCGUGAGAAUGUUUACCGACCGGAUGUGGAAGUAGUUUUUUCUCUUCGUGUUUAAAUAGGAAUUUCAGAUCCGACUUCCCCCGGAACACCAACAACUAAAUAAUAAAGGCAGUUUCCUGUGUUGUCGUGUGUUUAAAUUUGGUUAAUAAUGUACUGUUGAGGGGAACUGAUUUACACAUGGCGAACGAACGCGUUCUCUGCCGUUUUAGUUCGCCGUAAGCUGGCUAUAGCUAGCAGUAAGAUGGCUGCUCGUGCUGCCAUGCUUAGACUAAUUACAUUGCUAUUUGUGUGCUUCCAUUGCGUGGUUCCACAUCUGGAGCCCAAUCUAUAAACAAACGGUUGUUUGUGUGGUGUAGCUAGGAGGCUAGUUGGCUGAAUUAAAGUGAGCUACCGUCCUAGACGAUGCUCUGUAAACUGACGGCGAUACCAGGCUAGACCCUCACUAGCAACAUAGCGAAUAAGCUAACUUGCCGUCAAGAGAUAAAGACACGAGAACGAGGUCAAAACUUGUGUGUAUCAUGAACGAUACAGCGAUAUGUGUUUCUCGUCACUUAACGUUGGUGGUAGAUGACCAACAUUAGUUCUAAUAUUUCUAUUUACUUAAGUACAAAUGAAUUGCUGAUCAUGUUUUUAAAAAUAUGGCCGCUUAAGGGAAAACUUUGGCGUAACGGCGUUUGGCUAUUGCCUUUGAGAGACAAAAUGUGCAACGUGGUAUUUACGAACGAAAUGACGAACAACAUCCCUUCUCAGUCGCGUAUUGUUCUGGGAAGUCAUUACAAGGGUCAGUCGCGGAGGGGAACACAACAAAACAUAAACACACACUUGUGUGCGCCACUCUUUGAAAGCGCGCCCUCCAGGGAAAUGGUUUGUAGCUGCAGCGCCUGCAGUUCGCCGGGAGGCGCGCGUCGGACCUUCUGGAAUGUGCAGUUCGAGAAUCUUUAUGAAUUUUUCAUGUCGCUGGUGGAUCUGGGAAAGCGGCUGCUGGAAGCCGCGCGGAAGGGUCAGGAGGAUGAGGUGCGCUCGCUCAUGGCCAACGGCGCCCCCUUCACCACCGACUGGUUGGGAACGUCGCCCCUGCACCUGGCAGCGCAGCACGGACACUACUCCACGGCCGAGGUGCUCCUGCGGGCGGGCGUCAGCCGGGACGCCCGAACCAAAGUGGACAGGACCCCUCUGCACAUGGCGGCCGCGGAGGGCCACUCCGCCAUCGUGGAGCUGCUCGUCAGGAGCGGGGCGGACAUUAACGCGCGGGACAUGCUGAAGAUGACGGCGCUGCACUGGGCAGCGGAACACGGGCACCGCAUGUCGGCGGAGCUGCUGAUCAAGUACGGCGGCGACGUGCACGCGCUCAGCAAGUUCGACAAGACGCCCUACGACAUCGCCAACGACAACUGCAACGGGGAGCUCAUGGAGGUGCUGCAGGAGGGGAUGCAGAACCAGGUGAAUGUGAACACUGAUCGCUGCAGCAGCAAUGCCGUCGGCCCGCAGUUCAUCCUGUCCUCCGGGGGGGUGCUCAACCUCGCUGACUUCAUCUCCAGCGCCAAGACCAGCUCAGGAGAGAUGGAGGAGGUCAUAGCCGCAGACUCAGUUGACUCGGCUGUCCAGCACCUGGUGGGGGACGGGGGUCAGAGGGUCAUCACCAUAGUGACGGACCAGCACGGCAACCUCCAGUCCGGAAACCUGGGGCAGCCCUUCUUUGUCACCAUGCAGCACGGCCAGCAGAUGGUCGCUGUGCCGGCGGGCCAGAUCACCGAGGAGGUGGUGGAGGAGGAGCUACAGCCCCCGCCAGCCCGUAAGAGGCGAGUGGAGACGACGGCGUCCAAUCACACGGACCCUAACAAGGCGGACCAGGGCAGCAGGGAGGCGCUGCAGCAGCAGUUGCAGGAGGCCACCCGUAAGGCGCAGGAGUACCGGCAGCAGCUCCUGCAGAAGGAGCAGGAGGCGGAGGAGUACCGGGUCAGGCUGGAGGCUAUGGCCCACGGGCAGGCCAACGGCACCUCCUCCCAGGGGGAGGGCCGGGAGGAGGAGCAGGAGGAGCCGGAGGAGGAGGUGGAGACGGUGGAGACGGUGGUGGUGCUGGCCCAGGAGGUGGUGGAGGAGGAGGAGGAGGAGGUGGCGGCAGAAGGAGUCAGGGUGAAGGAGGAGGAGGAGGUGGUGGAGGCGGAGCCUGCGGGCGAAGCUCCGCCCAUCGUGGCCUCGUAACGCUGGAGCCCUGGCGGCGGGCAGAUGGACGGACGGAAACGGGGGUGUGGGAUUUUUUGGACAGACUCACAGACACGCCGGCCUGUUUCUGGUUUCCCGUCUGCAACGUUACAGUUUUGCAAAAAGACUGAUUUUUAUUUGAUUUUUCUUUUUUACACUUGUAAAUGUCGAUGUAUUUUUUUUUUUUAAAGAAUGUGUGUGAAAAAGAAUCUCUGGGACAGAGGAAGGGCACUGGGUAUCCAGAGGGAACAGGGGCGAGUCACAUGACCCUCGACCCCACGAUGCCCCCCUGGACACCCCCACGGAACAGAAUUUUCACCCCCCCCCCCUUGACCCUGAGAUUUUGGGGUGUUUUACAGGUGCUUGCGGUGGGGGGUGGUCUUAUACUCUACAAAAGUACACUGUCUUUGCUGGUUUAUCUUCAGACUUUCCAACCCUUAAUAACCCUGAGUCAUGUACGUUGGUGUCUUCGGGAGCGCUGCGUAUCCCUGAAGAGUUCUUCUGUCCUGGUGGAGUCUGCUGAGGUCCUGAAGAGUUCUCCUGUCCUGGUGGAGUCUGCUGAGGUCCUGAGGAGUUCUCCUGUCCUGGUGGAGUCUGCUGAGGUCCUGAGGAGUUCUCCUGUCCUGGUGGAGUCUGCUGAGGUCCUGAGGAGUUCUCCUGUCCUGGUGGAGUCUGUUGAGGUCCUGAGGAGUUCUCCUGUCCUGGUGGAGUCUGCUGAGGUCCUGAGGAGUUCUCCUGUCCUGGUGGAGUCUGCUGAGGUCCUGAGGAGUUCUCCUGUCCUGGUGGAGUCUGCUGAGGUCCUGAGGAGUUCUCCUGUCCUGGUGGAGUCUGCUGAGGUCCUGAAGAGUUCUCCUGUCCUGGUGGAGUCUGCUGAGGUCCUGAGGAGUUCUCCUGUCCUGGUGGUGUCUGCUGAGGUCCUGAGGAGUUCUCCUGUCCUGGUGGUGUCUGCUGAGGUCCUGAGGAGUUCUCCUGUCCUGGUGGAGUCUGCUGAGGUCCUGAGGAGUUCUCCUGUCCUGAUGGAGUCUGCUGAGGUCCUGAGGAGUUCUCCUGUCCUGGUGGAGUCUGCUGAGGUCCUGAGGAGGUCUCCUGUCCUUCCUGCGCUCCCCAGGGAGAAACGUUUUCCCUUUCUCCUCCGUGUGCUCUUCCUCUGGCGAUCUCUCCUGCUCUCGCUCCCCUCCCGCGGUGCCCCCCGUGCUGUCACAGCGCCCCCCUGUGGCCUCCCUGAGGCCCCGCGGGUAGCAGGGCUGUAAUUAAGGGCUAAUUGUUUUUCAUUAAGCCGUCUGGAGCUGUGUGAUUAUAUCUCCAGGGUGCUUCUGUUUCCUGAUGUCGCAAAAACAUAUCUUCCUCUCUCUCUGCCUUCCUGUCUCUUUCUCUCUUUCUCUCUUCCUCUCUCUCUGCCUUCCUGUCUCUCUCUCUCUCUUACGUUCUUACUCUAUUUCUGCCUUUCUUUCUCUCUUUCUCUCUCACGUCUUUCUCUGUCAGGCUAUGCUGGGUUUCAUGUUCAGAGAUGUGCAGAGCACUGCAUGCUGGGAAGGGCUUCUGCCCGAGCCCAGUGCAUGCUGGGAAGGGCUUCUGUCCGAGCCCAGUGGCUCCAGGGGUCGUGAACCUGACCGCAGCGUAAUUGACAGCUCACCUGUGAGUGCAGAUAGUCUUCUCCCCUCCUCGCCAUGGAAACAGACUCCUCCCCUAUUCACCAUCGAUACAGACUCCUCCCCUAUUCACCAUCGAUACAGACUCCUCCCCUAUUCACCAUCGAUACAGACUCCUCCUCUAUUCACCAUGGAUACAGACUCCUCCCACCCCUGAGCCUGGAAGCAGACUCCAGCUCUUCUCAUUGGCUGGUGUAGGUGUUUUUUUUUUUCCUGUUAGCUUCCGUUAGUUUAAUGCAUAAAAGUAAAAAAAUCAUUAAGGACAAUGAGUUAGAUCCGCAGCCAUCGGUUUGACAUGAACAUUAUACAGCUAUAUAUAUAUUUUUACUCUAAAAACCGUAAUUAUUUUAUACAUACUGUACAUACAUGUUUGACUUUGUGUGUGUGUGUGUGUGCGCUACUCUGGGAUUGCCGAUAGGUUGACAGUUGAUGGGGUCCUUUCAUAUUUAGGGGGGCGGGGUGGGGGUGUAUUUGUGGAAAUUUAGGUUAAAUAAACUGGUUUAAUCAAGCAGACGUUUCAGAACCGAACCCGAUCUGUGGCUGAGUCGCUGGCCCUUCCCCCGACAUGGUGAGGUCGCUUCUUAAUAAACCGCCUGUCGGUGUCCCAGCGGUAACAGCAGGUUACUCUGGGUCCCAGCGGUAACAGCAGGUUACUCUGGGUCGAGCAGGUCUGCACACUGAGCCGGUAUGUCGGCCGGGGCCUGUGCCAACAAGCCGUUAGCAGCACAGAGUUAGCCGGGUAACUUCACGGAGUAACACCCAGAAACUUCCCAAAUCUGGAGCAUGACCUGAGACAGGAUGUGGUGCUCUGAAGUGCUCCUUAAUCCUGCUGUUAUGGACCAGCGCCCUGACACCUCUGCCCUUCCCCCCCCCCCUCUGUUUUACUUUGGUUUUUUCAGCCAGCAGGUGGCGCUAUACUUAAUGAGACUGACCUGUUCAGAAAUGCCGUGGCUGCCUGCCCUGGAGCAGAACUUAAAUGCGUUUGUGCGAGUGCUCCUCAUCUGUUAGAUCUGUUAAGCUGCCAGCACUACUGUAAUCCCGUAGCAGAGCAGUCUGAUGGUGCUGCGUGGUUAGGGUGGAUUUGAGGAGACGGAAGUGAGUCUGAGUGUUUGUGUGUUGGAGGGAGGUCUCCAUGACUGCAGUCUGGUGCCCAACUGUGUCCUUUCUUUACAACACCUUGGGUUUUCUUUCUACGCUGCAAAAAAAACCAAAAAAUGAGUCCAUCUCAGCUCGUACUUUGGUCUGAUAUUUAGACUUGAAAACUUUUUGUUAAAUAAGACAAACAUUUUGCCACGUAGGUGAGACAGUUUGACUCAUUUCAAAAGGGGCCAAUACAGUAAAGAAAAGUUCUCAUGUCAAGUAACUAAAAACAAGCUAAUAUUUUCUAAAAGAGAAAAAAAGAUUUUGUCUCCUUUAAAAUACUAAAUACUAGUUAAGACAGACUUUGUUGCCGUGUUAUGAAUGCAUGUAUGUAUGUAUGUAUGUACAGGAACACUAUCAGGGAUUGUCUUCCAGACUUAGAAACAACAGAUGCCAACACUUCACAGGAAUAGUUUUGUUAAAGGAAAACCUUUUUUAAGAAAAAAAGCAGCUCCAUUUUUUUUCUUUAGAAUCCAAUAAAUAUGCACUCAUUUGCAA